AUGUGCGGAUAUAGAGGGAGGAAAGCCCCGAUAAAUGGAAUAGGCUGUCGGGCUCUGCUGCCUUCACUACCCGCUGUAGCCGCAAAGGAUAAGUGGGUACCAGUCAAGCACCAGUUAAACACAGGCCUGAGGCUUUCACUUCCUGUCUCUAAGGAGCGGUUUCUAAGAGGAUGCAAACUCAAGGGAAGUCUUAGUGAAGAACUAGAAGGAGGCAUGGGAAGCAUCAUCGCUUACACUGAGUAUCUCUUUCUGCUCUGCAUUCUGACAAAGCCUCAUGCAGGCUUUAAGAUUGCCUUUAACAUGUUUGAUGCUGACGGUAACCAGAUGGUGGAUAAAGGGGAAUUUCUUGUGUUGCAAGAAAUCUUCCGAAAGAAAAAUGAGAAGAAAGGAAGAAAAGGAGAUGCUGAAAAAUCUGCUCAACUGAGUAUGCAGCUCUAUGGAUAUCAGGUUGUCCCCGUAAACAGCGUGCUAAAAAAAGAGAGUCAGGAGUUUGUGCCCAGGAACUACUGGGACAUGCUGAGACGUGGCGCGAGCCAAGCCCUGUUUUCUGACCUGGCAGAGCGUGCCGAUGAGAACAUGAUGAUUGACACCACUCUGCUUGUGCACUUCUUUGGCAAGAAGGGGAAGGCGGAGCUAACGUUUGAGGACUUCUACAGAUUCAUGGAUAAUCUGCAAACUGAGAUGUUAGAGAUUGAGUUCCUGACCUAUUCCAAAGGCAUGACCACCAUCAGCGAGGAGGACUUUGCACGAAUCUUGCUGCGCUACACUAACGUAGAGGAUAUCCGCAGCUAUCUGGAGAAUGUGCGCCAGUGCAUACCUGAUGAGAAGAAAGCAGAGGGCAUCACCUUUGAAGAGUUCAGGUCUUUCUUCCAGUUCCUCAAUAACCUUGAAGACUUUGCCAUUGCCAUGCAGAUGUACAACUUUGCCUGUCGUUCCAUUGGACAAGAUGAGUUUGCUCGGGCGGUAUAUGUCGCAACAGGCCUCAAGCUGACCCGCCACCUGGUUAACACCAUCUUCAAGAUAUUUGAUGUGGAUCAUGAUGAUCAGCUCAGUUACAAAGAGUUCAUUGGUAUCAUGAAGGACCGGCUGCACCGUGGAGGCAGGGGUUAUAAGGCUGUAGAGCGUUUUACUUCAUUUAAAUCAUGUCUGAAGAAGGAACUGGCUGGCAGAUAAGUAGCCCUAUAUACACACAU